GAAAUUUUGUGAAAUAAUGUCAUACUUAUUAUUAUUUUUUAUGGGGAUGUCAUACUUAGUAGCGAAAUUAUUUCGUAACCGGCGAUGUCGUUGUCCUGCUGUUGCCGAUUUCCCCCGUUGCCAUCUUGAAGCUGCACUUCACCUGAAAACCACCAAGCUUUCGAUCCAGUAAGACGCCGCGGCUGCCUCCCUAGGGUUCCGAGUCGAAGAUCCCCUGGAUCGCACUAUCGCGGCGAGGCGAUGGCCGGCGACGAGGUGAAGCCUGUCGACGCGACCGACGGGGACACAGCCGCCGCUCGUGGCGAGGAGCUGCAGCCGGCGCCCCUUCCCGAGGAUGUGCUCGCGGAAGUCCUCCGCCGCGCUGGAUCGCCGCGUCCCGCCGCGCUGGAUCGCCGCCUCCCGCUGCGUCUGCACGGCCUGGCGCGACGCCAUCGAUGCGCGCGGCCUCCUGCGCGCCGACCUGCUCCCGCUCUCCCUCGCCGGCCUCUUCAUCCACUUCGACGAGCACAAGUAUCCCGAAUUCCUCGCCCGCCCCCCCUCUGCGGCUGGCGCCCCCGCCAUCACCGGCAACCUCAGCUUCCUGCCCUCCACCAGCCCCCAUUGCGGCUAUUUCUGGCAGGAAGACUGCGCUGAUUGGUGGCACUAUAACAUCGAUGAUCACUGCAACGGGCUCCUCUUGCUUCGCAGUAACCGGGUGGUUAACCCUGCCAUCCGAUGCUGGAGUGCUUUGCCACCGCGCCCUGCCAAAGAUGCCACAGGUAACGUGUCAUACCGUGGGCAUCUGAUCUAUGAUCCGAUGAUAUCACCGUACUAUGAGGUGUUUAUGACCCCCCGUUUGGAUGACUAUCAUUCUGGAGAUGAGGUAGACCCCUCGAUGGAGGAAUCUGAAUGGCCACCAUCCCCAUGCAAGAUGUAUGUAUUCUCAUCAAAGUCUGGUCGUUGGGAGGAGAAAUAUUUCUUCCGAGAAGGGGGAGCUACAGUGAUUGUCAGUGAAAUGCGAGUGGGUUACGGGCGAUCCAACGGCGUCUAUUAUCGGGGAGCACUUUAUGUACACUGUAGAGCUGAUUUAAUUAUGAGAAUAUCAUUGUCUGAUAAUACGUACAGUGUAAUUAAACCACCUGUCAUUGAUACCAGAGCACACGACCAUCCAUAUGUCGAGAUUGUAAGAUCAAAAAAGGGGGUGUACUUUGUGGCAUUUGAUAUGUACUGGCCUCAGUGUAAGUGUUGGCUUGGAGUUUGGAUCCCCAAUGAAUCAUGUGGUCAGAUGGAGUGGAUGUUGAAGCAUGACAAAGACCUUAAGCAUGCGCUAGCACAUCACCGGUAUUGUGGACGACUUCACUGGAUCUUAGAAGAUAUUAACUACAACCUGUUUUGUUCUUCUAGUUUCCUAGAAGGCAACAAGAAAGCAACCACUGAAGAGAAUUUUGAAUGGAACUCUGACGAUGAUAUUGAAAACAAAGACUUGGUUAAGCCUUGUUGUUUAGAAGACAAUAAGAAAUCAAUAGUUGAAAAUAAAUUGGAUUGGAAGCCCGACAAUCAUAAUGCUCUUAAUGAUGACGCUAUGGUUGAAGAGUGUUACUGGGAUGAAGAGCGUUGUGAUGAUUCAUAUGAUCAAGACAUUGAGAUACUUGGGUUUCACCCAUAUAAAGAGAUUGUCUACUUGAGUGCAUCACAGCAUACAGCACUGGCAUAUAAUUUGAAUGGCUCAAAGAUUGAAGAAUUAGGAAACAGAUACCCAGAAGAGUAUCUAUAUUUCAAAGAGUUGGGUAAUGAGCGGGAGAGGAUCAAAUCUUUUCCAUACACCCCAUGUUGGAUUGAAGAGUUCCCUGGGAACAACUAGUCUAGAAGUUCAUCUCACAUAUGAGCCUAUUUUAUUUGCAAUCUAUUUGAACUAUUUAAGAAAUGGCUUGCACAAGAUGUUUAGUCUAUGUAAUAUAUAUGUAAGAAUUGAUCAAUUUCUCUAUUGAAAAGGAGGUUACAAUUAUGUUUCUUUUUUUA